AUGUUUGAUGGGCUGUUUAAACCCAAAUUUUACACGAAAUGCAAGACGCUGGUGAAGAUAACAAAGACAAGAGUAGACGCGGUGAAGAGGAAGAAAUUAACAGUUUGCAAAUAUUUGAAGAACGACAUUGUUGACCUUCUCAAGAACAGCCUCGAUUACAAUGCAUAUGGCAGGGCAGAAGGGCUGAUAGAGGAGAAAAGGAGACUGUCCUGUUAUGAGUUGUUGGAGCAAUUCUGCGUCUGUGUUGCCUCCAAUGUCUCUCUCUUACAGAAAUCCAGUAAAUGCCCAGAAGAGUGUCGAGAGGCCAUAGCAUCCCUCGUAUACGCGGCAGCUAGAGUCUCUGAAGUGCCUGAGCUUCGCGAUCUCAGGUCUUUAUUCGCUGAGAGAUACGCCAACUCACUUGACCACUUUGUCAAUCCUCAGCUUGUUGAGAGAUUCAAAGCGGAGCCCCCUUCAAAGGAAAUGAAGGUUGAGCUUCUGCAGGAAAUCGCCAGAGAAUACUCCAUCAAAUGGGAUGCCAAGCCUUUGGAGAAGAGGCUCUACACACCACCACCAUCGUCAUCACCAUCACCACCUCAGCAUCAUCAUAUUCAUAGAGACGAGGCCAAGGAUAAUAAUCCUGAAAAGAAGACCAUAGGAAACAGAGGCAGGCUUUCGUUUCAGAGCAGAAAAGAAGAGUCUUUGGAUGACAAUGACAAGGACAAGGAGCCCAUCCAGAGUAGAAGCGAGACUUGUGCAGAGGAUGUCGAAGCAAAGCCUUUCUACUACAGAUUCAUGCCUGCGCCUUACAAAAUCGAGAAACAGGAAAGCCUUCCGGAGAAGAUGACCAUUUCUCAUCUCAAUCUCAUGCCCGACGACACUGAUUCGCCCACAAAGCCGAGAUCAGUGAGACGACGAAUGGCGAACCCGCCGCGUGAUUCGGUAGAGACUGAAGAUUCGGUGACACAAAGUAGUAAGAACAUGAGCAUUAGAUCGGAGUCGACGGAGAAAGCAGGCGGAGAGGGGACCAGGAGGAUGAGUCGCCGAACAGCGUCGUGGCAGCCUAAGGGCUCCAAUGUCCCUGACUUUGAUGAGGUCGCCGCUCGCGUAGAUGCUCUCACUCGAAAUUGA